GGAGAAGGGGCGCAGGUGGCCGCCAUCUUGGAUUGCGAACUGGGUCGCUACGCUUCACGCCAGGGGCGGAGUGGCGGCCCUUCUGUUACCCGCCACACACGUCGCCGCUGGGGACUGGGAAAUCAGGGCAUCGGAGAGUGCCACAUUAAUGGGUCUCUGGAACCUGGCGGUGCCGGGUGUUUCUCGUGUUUUCCCCAGGGCGACAGCGGUCGCGGGGGCGUGUCAGCCGGACCUUUCCCUUGCGGACGCGAAGGCGUGAUGCCAUGGCUAGUCCAGGGAAAGAUAACUAUAGAAUGAAAAGUUAUAAGAAUAAAGCCCUAAAUCCUCAAGAGAUGCGUAGACGAAGAGAAGAAGAAGGAAUACAGCUUAGAAAACAAAAAAGAGAAGAACAGUUGUUCAAACGCAGAAAUGUCUCUUUGCCCAGAAAUGAUGAAUCUAUGCUUGAAAGUCCUAUACAGGAUCCAGAUAUUAGUUCCACUGUACCCAUUCCAGAGGAAGAAGUUGUUACUACAGAUAUGGUUCAGAUGAUUUUUUCUAAUAAUGCUGAUCAACAGCUAACAGCAACACAGAAAUUUAGAAAGCUGCUUUCUAAAGAACCUAAUCCACCAAUAGAUCAAGUUAUACAGAAACCAGGAGUUGUACAGAGAUUUGUGAAAUUUCUUGAAAGAAAUGAAAAUUGCACUUUACAAUUUGAAGCUGCAUGGGCAUUAACAAAUAUAGCAUCUGGAACUUUUCUGCAUACCAAGGUAGUGAUUGAAACUGGGGCUGUUCCGAUUUUUAUCAAACUUCUUAAUUCUGAACAUGAAGAUGUUCAGGAACAGGCUGUUUGGGCACUUGGUAAUAUUGCUGGUGACAAUGCAGAAUGCAGAGAUUUUGUUUUGAAUUGUGAAAUACUUCCACCUCUUUUAGAGUUAUUAACAAAUUCAAACAGACUCACAACAACAAGAAAUGCUGUGUGGGCCCUCUCAAAUUUAUGUAGAGGCAAAAACCCUCCUCCAAACUUUAGUAAGGUUUCACCUUGCUUAAAUGUCCUGUCACGACUGUUGUUUAGCAGUGACCCAGAUGUGUUAGCAGACGUGUGUUGGGCCCUUUCUUAUCUCUCCGAUGGACCCAAUGAUAAAAUUCAAGCAGUCAUUGAUUCUGGAGUCUGUCGAAGAUUGGUGGAACUUUUGAUGCACAAUGAUUAUAAAGUUGUAUCACCUGCAUUAAGGGCAGUUGGUAAUAUUGUGACUGGUGAUGAUAUUCAAACACAGGUAAUUUUGAAUUGUUCUGCAUUACCCUGUCUCUUACAUUUAUUGAGUAGCCCAAAGGAGUCAAUUAGAAAAGAAGCCUGCUGGACUGUUUCUAACAUCACUGCUGGAAAUAGAGCUCAGAUUCAGGCUGUUAUAGAUGCAAAUAUUUUUCCUGUUUUGAUUGAGAUUCUUCAGAAAGCAGAGUUUCGUACCAGAAAAGAAGCAGCUUGGGCUAUAACUAAUGCAACAUCAGGAGGUACUCCAGAGCAAAUAAGGUAUUUGGUAGCUUUAGGCUGCAUUAAACCACUUUGUGAUCUUUUGACUGUUAUGGACUCCAAAAUAGUCCAAGUGGCUUUAAAUGGACUUGAAAAUAUUUUACGUCUUGGAGAACAAGAAUCUAAGCAGAAUGGAAUAGGCAUUAAUCCAUACUGUGCUCUCAUUGAAGAAGCAUAUGGUCUGGAUAAAAUUGAGUUUUUGCAAAGCCAUGAAAAUCAGGAAAUUUACCAGAAGGCAUUUGAUCUGAUUGAACAUUACUUUGGUGUAGAAGAAGAUGACCCCAGCAUUGUACCUCAGGUGGAUGAAAACCAACAACAGUUUCUAUUUCAGCAGCAGGAAGCACCAAUGGAUGGAUUUCAACUUUAACUUACUGGAGGAAAAAAAAUUUAUGGCUAAAAAGGGUAGCUUCAGAAAUGACAGACUUUUUCAUUGAAUGAUGAGGACACAGCAGCCAUAUUAUGCCAAGAGGAAAAAUAUCAUGAUCAUAUUGAAAGAUCAAGCAUGAACUUCCAUUGUGAAGUCUUCUGUACCAAUGCACCAGAGAAUGCCUACCAUCCAAAAAAGCAGUCAGCUGAUGGAAAAGAAGAUUAUUAAACCUUUGUUCUGGGAUUUACUGUUAAAAAACAAACAAAAAACAACAAAAAAGCGGUGACAGGAAACAGUUAAGGAAAUGAUUUAACUGAAGGGAAGCAAGAUUUUUUUUAAAGCAUUGUUCUUAAUCCCCAUGACUGUCCUUCAGUCACAAUUCCAGAAUAAAAGAAUCUACUUUGUGUA